AUGGUCGGUAAAGUUUACUAAUGUCGGAGAAACAAGAUUGACUGGUGCUUUUUAUAAACAUAGGAUGUAACCGAAAUGUUGAUUAUAUUUCAAAUAAAAACUUGUGUAGAUAAAUAAUUAUAUUCUUUGUGAACGUUUAUGAGAGUGUGAAUAUAAUAUGUCAAUAACUGUGUUUUAGUUUUUCCAAUAGUGCGUUUUUAUUUUAUUCUAACCUAUCUUUUGUUAUAUUGGUCUACAUUUUAUCAGAUUUAUCUUGUGUAAAAAUUUAUUUAAUUUCUUUAAAAUUCAACUAUGCGAAAAGAUAUAUGCCUAAAAUAUGUUGUAAAAUUGUGAUAAACUGUCUACUACAGCAAAAUGGCUGAGAAAAAAAUUGUGGGAGGUGUUCCUGUGGAAUGUCUAACUGGACAAUCAGCUGCAAUAUGGUCUGGUUGGCGGACAUUGGGCGACAGAGAACUUGUGAGAGAAGCCUCUGCCAAAGGAACUCAUAUAAAACUAGCUUACAAAUGUCUUGCAUACAGAAGGCAUUGCUCUGUAGAGCAAGCAUGUAUAUAUUUCAACAAAGAAGUAGAAAAUUGGAUCAAUGAAUUACUAAAUAAAAAACAAAUUUAUAGAGCUUCGCAUAUAUUAAAGAAUACGGGAAAAGACUCUGUGGAAUAUAUUUUUGCUGUUUCCAUGAAAAGCAAAGAUCCUCUCUUAAGAAAUUAUUUAUGUGAAUAUAUGAUAAAUGUUAAUAGAUUUGAGACUGAACAUGUUGCUGCAUGGAAUAUUGUCAAAUCUGUUACACAGUAUGAGGAAAAAUACAAAAUUCAAAGCUCAUUAAGUUCUAAUAUAUGUAUAGAUGAUGUAAUGAGAUUGUCACAGAAUGUUAAACAAUGCUUAUGCACUGAAUUAUAUUUUUCUUUGAAUGACCCAAAGAUUUUGGGAAAUGUGUCAAAUAUGAUUUUAUGGGAUUAUUUAUUAUCUAACAAUAAAAGUAAUAUAUUGAAGCUAUGGAUUGAUGUCAGAUAUAAUCCAAAUAGCUUGCAGAACUCAGAUAAAAUUGAGAAUCAUUUAAAAGUGUUAUUUGCCAAUCUGAAUAUUACAUCAGAUAUGGUUGAAUAUAUAGAUUCAUCAAACGCUAGUAAUCUGGUAAAAAAUUUGAUUCAAAAUCAUUUAUGUAGAUAUGGGAUAUAUAAGAAAGAAGAAGAAAAUAAUUUUAAAUUAUUAUUAAAUCGUUGCUUUGCUUGUGGCAUUACACUGGAAAAACUCAGUACGAUAUUAUCUUUAUCAUCUUGCAACAUUGAUAAAACGAGAUUCUUACAAACCAUUGAUCAACAGUCGUGCCUUACAUAUUGCUUGCAAAAAUAUACUCAAGAAGAUAUUACAAAAUUUGCAGAAUUAUUCAACGUAUUAACUGAUAUGUGUAAUAUUCAAAAUAAUUAUGAAGAUGCAUUAAUGCAUGGAAUCAUUGAAUCGAUUAAUUGUCUCUCCGAUGAUUUUAAUGUCUUUCUGAAAAAUGAUUAUUUAAUAAGUUUAACAUUAAUAUUUUUACGAUUAUGGCAAAUGAGGAGUGAGUUAUGUAAUGAAAGAAACAUUUUAAUAGAAAGUAAAAUAAUAAGAGACAUAUUUACGAACAAAAUUGUUUUAAAAUUUGGUACACAUGUUAUGUCGCAAGAAGUUCUUCAAUUUAUACUCACGCAAAUACCGAUUCUACAAUAUGUCAUUGAAGAGCAAACUAAAAAAGAUGAUAUUACGAUGUACGAAUUAUUGGAUGGUUAUAAAAAUCUGAAUAUAAAACUCUUAUUUAAAUGGCAUUUCAAAAAUGAAUCUAUACCCACUUUCACAAGCGAGAAUCUUAUUAAGAAGUAUGGACACAAGGAAACAUUGACAUAUAAUUAUUAUUUAAAAGAAAGUAGACCUAAUAUAGCUGCACAUAGUUUAAAACAUGCUCAAGCCAAAUUACUUGGAAACAUAUCUUCCCAAGGGAAAUCCAAAGCGGCCUUACACGCACAUAUUCUUGCUUUGAGAAAUUUAGAUAAAGCUGAUAUUGUAUGUAGUUGUAUUGCCUUUAUUGAAUUACUGAGAAUUGAUUCGAGCAACUUGCGAUUACACGUUAAUAUAGCGAAAUAUGUACAGGAACAAUUAAACAUCUCUAUAGGGAACUUAUUGGAAAAUGUGGUGUAUAAGAACCAAACUGAUUUAAAGACUGUGAUAUCCUAUCUAGAACAAAGCUUCCAAAAACUUUUGCUAGAUAAGACUUUGAUUACUAAUAACGCGCGAUUUGUGGAAGCAUUAAAGACAUGGGACAUUAUUGUACGCUUUGCACAUGUUCACAACUGCAUGCUGCCCAGUGCGUUGCUAAAACACUUAGCAGAUCAUGAUUUGUGGUUCGAAUUUGUUGCAGUUAGUCAUAUAUUUGCUUACCCCACGAAACAGGUACUGGAAUAUGCCAAAUUGUUCAAUAAUGUGAGCAAACGAGAGCAUUUGCUAACGUGUUUAAAUAAUAAUAGACUCAACAAGUCUCCAUCGUGUAAUGAACAGAGAUUGAAAUCCCGUGAUACUAAAUUAUUACACAGCAAAAUCGGUGAACAACAAAAUGAAUCUCCAGCGUCUAGUUCAUCCAUAUCCGAAGCUGAUAUUGAUGCAACCGGUGUAAUUAAUGCAGAACAUAUUUCUAAUAAUUACUUCUUGACUUCCUCAGAUAAUAAUUUAUGGUUAACCAUAUUGAAUUGUCACCAAAGUCAAGAUCCACCUGGAGCAUUGAUCAAUGCAUCUCGUUUACAGCUAAGGCCCAUAUUGACUAUUUUAGCUACAUGUUAUGAGCCGUCAUCAGUGGCAGCAUAUUGUUAUUGUUGGAUGGCGAUAUCAACAGAGAGAGAAGAUAUACUUCUCGAUUACACGGAGUGUUUAGAGCAACAAAUAUGGCCAUCCGAUAAAGUAUCGGAAUUACUAAAUAAAAUGAUUAAAUAUGGUUUUAUUAGUACAGUUAACCGCGCUUACAAAAUUUUUAUGCCUGAUAGCAUUUUGAAUCCAUUCUUCGAGUUUCUGAUGCAAGCAAUUACUUACGGUGAAUUCAAGGAAAAUCAACAGCAUUUAAUAGAAUUUAAAUCACAAUGUUCUUCACUUAAAAGUAAUAGAAUUAUGGACUGGGACAGUGCCCAUUUCACGUAUCUGAAAAACUUGUAUUGGGUUGCUGCUGUUGCAAUCCGAUGCAUUGUUACAGCACUCGGCUAUGGCUUUCAGAGUACGUCAUUACGAGUAAAACUUUUCGAAACGCUAAUAAAAUGUAACUUUUCUGCAGAUUUACCAGGUGCAGUACCGGAUUUUCAAUGUUUACUGGAUAUAACAAAAAUUCUGCAGAAGACUGACGUAACAUUAAAUUUUAAAGCCGUUACCAUGAUUGAUAAUGCGCAUAACUUUGACACAGAAAUUCAAAGAUGUAUUAACGAUUUAAUAGCAAUAAAAAAUUACAGCACAGCCUUAGAAAUAGCAUGCAGUGCUGGAUUAAAUUCGUCUGAAAUCAUAUUAGCGCAAUCUCGGAAUACUUUUAAACAAUCUAUAAAUGGGGAUGGCCAAGUUAAUUCCGCUUUCUGGAUGCAAUGUGCUCAGGAUUUCAAGAAAUAUAAUGUUCCUCCUCAAUUGGCAGUAGAAUUUCUUGUCGAACAUGCCGAAAAAGUUAUCUCGCACAAAGAGAGGUAUGAAGUCUUAAAAUUGGCUUACAAAACUUUGAAAAACACCGAAGUGGAACAACAAACUAUUGAUACUUUGGAGAUGGCAAUGUGGAAAUCGUGUAUUUUAGCUGAACCUGAAAAUAUACAGUUCAACUAUAAUGAUCAUAUUUUUAAUAAAUUAAAAACGGAGUUACUGUCUGGUUUAGAUAAAUUACAAGUUACCUGUUCUUUAACGGAUGAACAUGAGAAAAACUCUGCAAAAAAUUUAAUAGACAGACUAAUUAAUCUGGGCAAGUUAGAUACUGCUUUACGAAUAAGCACGAUUUUCAAUUAUAAUCAUAAAGAUUUGCAAAUAUUGAUGCUGUGUUUAAGUCUAGCAGAAGGUGAAAUUUCACCAGCGGAGUUAACUGUGCAGCAAAGGAGUCUCUUGGAAGAAACACAUAAGAACAAACAACAAAAAUAUGGCAUAUUGCGUAAUCGCGGCCUGCAAAGAUUAUCUUCAUCAUCAUCUUUAAAUACGAUUUCGUCGAUUGUAGAACCUAGCAAAACAAACGAUACAAAGAACACUAGCAAUUAUCAACUCCAAAUGGAGUGCAUUUCUAUCUUAGAAAAAUUAUUGGAGGUUCUUACACACGGAAAUGAGAUAUGCUUGAGAAUUGUUUUAUGUUAUAAACUCGCUGCACGCCUGGGGAAGACAUAUCAAUCACUGCUCAUGUUGAGCAAUCCAAUCAAAUUUUUACAGGAAGUUAUAGAAAGUAAUAUUGAAAGCAAGUUCGAAACUGCUAAUAAUAUAAUAAUGGCUUACAAAAUUAAAACGGAAGAAGUAGCAGUAUUUCUUACCGAAAAUAUUGCAACGCACAUAAAUCGUGCCAUAGAAGAUGGACAGGAGGAUUUAAUUUUUAUGUGGGGCUACUCCAUGAACACACACUUUCAUUUAAUAAUGGAGCUUUGUAGUGACACUUCGUUAUUAGGCUUAAAAUUAUUGAAAACAGCACAAUCAAUGCUGGGAAGAUACAUUAGUACUCAUGAUGAAAAACGAAAUGUUUCAGCAUUGAAAACGAUAGUGGAACUAUUAAUAAGAGCCCACGAUUGUUUCACGGCUUCUUGUAACAUGGAAGGAAUAGCGUCAGUAUUACGAAAAUGUCAGAACCUCGCAAACAUGUUACAAAUGUUAAAACAUUGGGCACUAUUGGUACGUCUUAUAACUGGUGUUGGUCGAUUUACUGAAAUGAAUUAUAUAUUUCAAAUCUUGAAGGAAAACGAUCAGUUUGAGUCUUUAUUGGGACAAGGCUUGGAUAAGGUACCAGGUCUAAAAAUAGCACUGCUCGAAUUUUUGAAGCGUCAUUGUUCAGAAGAUAAAGAAUUGUUUACAUUAGUGGCGCUUCAUUUUCGUUUGUACUACGAAAUCGCACUCAUGUGGGAAAACGAGGCAAAGGAAGUAAUCACGACAUUAAUCUCUGAUGCAAUACGAGAAUGCGGAAAAGGCGUAACUGGUAUUCCAAUAGAAAUAAAAUUUACUCGGAAUGAUAAUGUUCAUAGACAAUUGCAAUUAGCUAUUACUAACUUUACCCACGCUACACAAUAUUAUUUGCAGGAUAAAAAAUUAAAUCUUGCUAAUAGGUGUUCUCAUCAAGCCCAACUUGUCGCCGUACAAAUCUCAUUACUCAACUCGAUACCACAAAACCAACAAGCAGUGUGUCUGCUAAAUUUGAAAAGCGAUGAGAUAGAUAAAAUAUUGUCUCGUAUUUUAAACUUUCCUCAAGCUCUUAUUGUUACUCGCGCUUACAAUUAUCAUGCAGAUUGGGCUAAUCUUAUUUAUCACCACUGUAUUCUUAAAGGGGAAACAAAAUAUCUCAAAGAAUUCAUGACGGUAAACAGCCUGACGCCUAUGAUUGUGCAGGAUUGUGCGCGUAGAUAUAGAUUGGAAAAGAGUAUUAAUCAUUCCAUGACAGAUAAUAUGAGAAUUCUCGUGUCUGAACUAUCAGAUAUUGAAUGUAAAUACAUGCUAGCUAGUCAGCUUGGCUUUAAAAAUAUUGUAGAAGAAAUGCUCAAUAAUCCUAUAGUGGGUUCCUAUUUAAAAGACACAAUUUGGAGAAAAGGAUAUACUGCUCCAUGAUAUAACUUGUUUUGCGGAAGAACAAAAUUUAAUUAUCAUCUAAUAAGGAACACUGCAAAUCUUAAUAUUAUCAUAAAUUUGUACUUGUACAUUUUAUUAUUUAUAUUAUUAGAACAUAAAACAUUACGCGUGUUACACGCUAAUAUUGGCAAUAAAAGAAAUUAAUUAUUAAA